AUGGCACGAAGAUUGAAUUACUCAGAAGAUAAGGAGAAAGUGAAGGACUUCCUGACGACGUUUUACGUCGAUGAACCAGGCACAAAACAAAAGGUGUUUCCUUAUGCAAGCCAAAUUUCGGCGAUCGCGAAUCGCGACCAAGUGGUGUUGUACAUCGAAUUGGACCAUCUGUUGGACUUUGACCCGGAGUUGGUGGACAAAAUCGUUAGCAAUACGCGUCGAUAUGUCAGUCUUUUCAAAGAGGUGAUCGACGGUUUGAUCACCACCGUAUUAGACGGCAAAAAGCCACCUGUUAAAGACGCAUUUGACGCCAUCAUAUAUCAGCGGCUGAUCGCCGAUGAACAGGCUCAGCGUAAUCGCACGGAAGAAAAUGUCGACGCGAAAGGUGCCUAUCCUCCGGAACUGCUUCGGAGAUACGAAGUAUACUUUAAAGCACCGCACACACUGAAGGCACUUUCGGUUCGACAGGUGAAAUCGGAACAUAUUGGCAAGUUGACUGUGAUAAAAGGAGUUUUGACCAGGGCGACGGGCGUUAAGCCAAUGGCCUCGGUUAUCAGUUAUACAUGCGACACCUGUGCUUCCGAAAUCUAUCAGCCGAUCGACGGCGACACGUUCAAACUUGCCACCGAAUGUCCUAGCCGUCAGUGCAGUGAUAAUCGAGCCGGGGGUCGUUUGCACAUGCAAGUGCGCGGGUCGAAGUUCCUGAAAUUUCAAGAACUGGUUAUCCAAGAACAGAACGACCAAAUGCCUGUCGGAGGCGUGCCUCGUAGCCUCAUCGUUUAUGUGACGGGCGAAAACACGCGGCUGACCAGUCCUGGAGACCACGUGCAAAUAACAGGCGUGUUUCUGCCACAAGUAAAAACUGGAUUUCGUCAGAUUAUGGCCGGUCUUGUGAGCGAUUCAUUCUUCGAAGCCCAUCACGUCAUGAGCCUUUCGAAAAGCGAUGAUGAGUUCGACGAAUCAGAGAAAUUGACCGAGGAGGAACUCAGUAUCAUUGCUGAAGAAGACUUUUACGAAAAGUUGGCGUUCAGCGUUGCCCCUGAGAUCUACGGCCACAUUGAUGUAAAGAAGGCGCUGCUCUUGAUGCUCGUUGGAGGUGUUGAACGAAAUCCACGGGGAAUGAAAAUUCGAGGUUCAAUCAAUAUUUGCCUCAUGGGCGACCCAGGAGUUGCGAAGAGUCAGUUGUUGAGCUUUGUUUGUCGCUUGGCUCGUCGCAGUCAGUAUACCACCGGUCGUGGCAGCUCUGGGGUAGGCCUUACGGCAGCCGUCACGCGGGAUCCGAUCACCAACGAAUUCACCCUUGAAGGUGGCGCCCUGGUGUUAGCCGAUCAAGGUAUAUGCUGCAUUGACGAGUUCGACAAGAUGAUUGAAAGCGACCGAACGUCCAUACACGAAGUGAUGGAGCAGCAAACGAUAUCGAUCGCCAAAGCUGGUAUCAUGACGACUCUAAACGCGCGGACCUCCAUCCUAGCUGCUGCCAAUCCCGUUUACGGGCGUUACAACCCAAACAAGUCGCUCGAACAAAACAUACAACUUCCGGCUGCUCUGCUCUCUCGCUUCGACCUUCUGUGGCUGAUUCGUGAUCGUCCAAAUAUGGAAAAUGACCUCAAAUUGGCGCAACACAUCGUUUAUGUACACGCGCAUUCUAAAGAACCGCCAAGUAAGUUCAAGCCGAUGAACAUGCUGCUGGUACGCAAGUACAUCGCGUUGUGCAAACGCACGCAGCCCGUCCUGCCUGAGCACUUGACCGACUACAUCGUAAAUACAUACGUCGAGUUGCGUAAGGACGCUCGCAACAAUAAGGAUACUACGUUUACUUCACCGAGGACGUUGCUGGCCAUCUUGCGGUUGAGUACCGCUUUGGCACGCUUGCGGCUGUCAUCAGAAGUAGAGGAACCGGAUGUCGUUGAAGCAUGUCGCCUAAUGGAAAUGUCAAAGGACUCUUUACGCGCCGAAAAAGACCAACGCAGCCGUGCUCAGAAGCCAAUCGAUCAGAUGUUUUCGUAUCUGCGAGAAAUGUUACCUCUGACAAACGACGAAGGCGAAGAUGAAGACCAGCGUUUGGAGAUCGCUAUGCAGGAUGCGGUGAAAAAGUGUCUCAGCAAAGGUCUGGAGUUGCAAGUGCUCGAAGACUGCCUGAAUACCUAUGAAGAUCAGGGCGUUCUGAUGAUCAAUAAAGACCGGACGAAAAUAAUAUUUACGAUUGGUUCAUUUUAG